AUGGGUCGUCAUCGUUCACGUUCGCAUUCUCGUUCACGUUCUCGAUCGAUGUCGUCAAGUUCAUCUGGACGAGCUGCACAAUCAUCACAUUGGGAUGGAGAAUCAGGCUAUCGUGUUCAUGUCUCCGAUCUAGCUGCAGGAAUUUCUCGAAAAGAAAUUGAAAAAGUUUUCAACAAAUUCGGAACGGUCAACGAAGUAUGGGUAGCAACAAAUCCACCUUGCUUUGCUUUUGUUAAUUUCAAACAUCGAUCUGAUGCGAACGACGCCAUUCGAGAAGUUGAUGGAAAAAUCAUUGGUUCAACACGUGUUGGUGUCAGUUGGGCACGUACACGUACCUAUGGCGGCCGAAAUCGUGGUGGUCGUGGAUACCCACACAGUUCCUAUCGUAACAGUGGUGGCCGUCGACGAUCGAGAAGUCGAUCAAGAAGUAAUUCGCGACAUAGACGACGUCGAUCAAGAUCACGUUCAGAUUCUCGCGAUCGUUAUCGUCGACGUAGUGGUUCUCCCCGAGAUCGCAAACGUUCACGCCAUUCGAGUGAUCGACACGAUUCAAAAUCAGCUUCUCGCUCACGUUCAUUAUCAAAACGAAGAUCACCUGGCAAAGCAAACGGCCGAAGUCGAUCUCGCAGUUCAAGUGCUGCUAGUAAUCAUCAUACAAACGGCGUAGCUCAAUCAUCUUCAGCAGCAGCUGCUGCUGACAACAAUGCUGCUUAUAAUCAAUCACCAAUAGCUGCCGGUGGAGAUUAA